AUGGGGUUGCCGGAUAGCACUAUACCGGAGGCGAAGCUUCCCCCAUGCUGGUCUGAUGAUGUUCGGAUGAAUGCGCUUUUCGCACCUUUUCGUUUGAAAUCUGCUAAUCCGGAGUCCUGGGAUAUGAAGAUGAAGUUCUGGUCUGAAAUGCUAAGACUUUGGUGCAAGUGCAAAAAUGAUCCUAUAGUAUCAACAAGCGACGCAAAGCUUGCUUUUCAACGCAAAGGGCGAACUCCUGCGUGUCUGGAUAUCGUUAUAGAAGAGAUGUUUAGAAACGGCGAACUGUCACCGUUGACGAAGUACCAACAGAUCCUUCACAACGGCCCUGAGGGCUGGGUGCGAUGGGGAGCCAGACUGGCGUUCAAACCAGCGGCUUUUGCGUUAACAGCUGUAGCUUCAUUAUUACCAGCUAGACAGGCAGUUGAUAAUGAUGGACUGCCCAAAGCUAGUAUAGAUUCUACACAAAGAUUUGUCCUUGAGUGUGUUGUACAGGAGCAAGCAACAACAUUUCUACAGAAUUACCCACCAACAGCAGAACGUAUAGGCACAAUCGAAGAGCUGAUGAAGAAUGUCAAUUGGCAACAAAGCAGGGAGACAUUUGAAGUGCUGUUGGGAUAUUUAGUAUCACAAGGCACUGCUGUAAAGAAGGAUGAUGUUGUUAAGUUAGCUGAACCAAACAAAAAGGCGUCACCGAUAACAGAAUCAGAUGAGGCGUUUGUAAAAUUAAUAGCAGCCGAGCGCAAGCUUGAAGCUGACGCGACAAGAUUUAGCAAAGAAGUUGCUGCUGCUGAAAUGGAAGCGAAAGCGGCCUUACAGUUGGGCAACCGACUUGCUGCCAAAAACCACUUACGUAGAAAACACACAGCUGAAAAACGUGCUCUGAGGUCCGAGGCCGCUUUAGACAACGUCAGACAGCUGUUACAACAGAUGAAAGAUGUCGAGAUGAACUCGCAUAUUGUUGACACUUACAGAACAAGUUCCCAAGCGAUGAAACGAGGCAUGAAGGAAGGCGGACUGGACGAGGACGCCGUUCAUGACACCAUGGACGAUCUAAAAGACGUUCUUGAUACAUACAACGAGGUGGAACGCGCUCUAAGUACAACUGUCGAUGACUUUGACGCAGCGGAGCUAGAACAAGAACUUAAAGAUUUAUUGGCUAGUCCAUCUUCACCUGGUGGAGGAACAAGGGCUAAAGAGAAAGACGGCCGAAGAGUUUCAGAUAAACUUCCGACACCUCCGGCGGACAACCCGCACCGUAAAGUCUCUGAACGCGAUUUCAUUUUUGAUGGCGAAGAACGCAUUAUAGCUGAACUGAACGAACUAGGCAUAGAAGACUCCAGUCCGAAGCAGAAGGAUACCCCGAAGCGAAAGGAUACUAAAGCGAAGCAAAAAGUUCCUGUUGCCGAAGCGUGGGGCGAUGACGAAGAACCCGUUCCUCCUAGACCGAAGUCACCCAAAUCGAAAUCGUGGUACCCGCCAUCGGGCCAGUUCCUCACCGAGACGUGGAACAACAACGACAGCUUCGGGGAACUGAGACAGGACGACCGGCUGCACCCAGGGCAACAACUAAACGUAGACUUCACAACCCCGCCACGAUUAUACAACACAGACUUCCUCGUCCGCGACCACAAACCCGUGCGCAGCGGUGGCAACGUGUGGCUCUACAACAGGGACGACAAUAGCAAUUUCGAUAGUGAUCUUGCCACCAGUACUGAAUAUUACAGUUCCGAAAGCCCCGGGAAAGCGGGUGGCAGCUUCCAAAUGGCGCCGGGUGGCGAGCGGAAGCCUUCCGCCACCUGGCAGCCACCCGACUCUGUGGACGACGUAGACGACUUAGAAGAAAGGUUAAGAAAUUUACGAGGUUACAAUUUAUAAUAUUUGUAGGAUAACUUUGUUUUUGUGUACAUAUUUUUAAAUGCGUUUUUUUUUUGUUAUUAGGAGCUGUUGAGUUUUUAGGGAAACUGUCAUGGUGUAUCGUACGAUGACGUAAUACGGUUUCGCUAUCUCUGUCUAAGCGUAUCGAACUCGUCGCUUCGAUAAAAAUUAAAAAAGUGAUUAGUUAAGAUAAGAUAUUAUAAGAAAAAACAUAUUGUAGUCGUGUUGUAUACAAUAAUAGUAAGUAGUUAGAUUUGUGUCUUUUUUAAAAUUAAAUAUAAUAGGAUUUUUUCACGUUUCAAACAAAUUUGUUCGAUUUUAAAAUGUUGUACGAUACAAUAGUUUUUUGAAUUGUUGAGUUUUUUCAUUGCUCUGCCUCAGUGGCCGUACGGUUA